UCGGAAGGCUGGUGUCCCGAGGCAUAAUAUGGAUCAAACCAUAAAAACCCCAAUGACACACGAUCCCUUUUCCGCUGCACAUACGCGUUGCCAAACUGCGGUCAGAUGGUCGCAGUUCGUCCGAAUAUCACGUUUAAAGCGGCGGUUACGAAACGUCAAGUCAUUCUACCCGCAUCCAAUCCUCGGGGAAACCUUUUCACAAUCUACAUACGUGACAAACACACCUAGUCCAGCACAUGUUUCAGUGACGUGUUUUAACGUGAUGGUUUUAUUCUAUCACACUUAAUAAAGUGCGACUACGUGUCUUUACUUUCCACCGACUCAAGGGUUCCGCUCUUGAGAACCAGGAUGUGAACCGCUUUCGUUUCUCUCCUCGUCAACCUCCGUGUUACACUUUCAAGAUGGAUGCGCUCGCCUAGAUAGGUUUCUGUUUCUUUUUCGAUCUCGAUGGACCCCCUGUCCCGGGCCGCUUCGCCUAAACACUAAACAGCGUUCAGUUCCGAUCAGUUUAAUCGAUACGAGGUGACACACCGAGCGGUUAGGGUCACGUUUCAGACCUGACCGGAUAAUGUUGUACAGCGAGGCUCUAACUUCCUGGUUUUCCCGAUCUUGUUAACAGUAGAGUCCAGUAGAGUCACACAGCGCAAACGGGUCCGGCCUCCACAUAUACGGUCUGGGAUCCAGGGUGGGUCCAGCUGAAAUGGUUCAGGCCGGCAUCACAGGUCUGAUGGUGGAUUUCCAAAGCUCCUUCUAGCCAUGGACCGUACAUAUGGUGGAUUAUCGAGCAAAUGUGCUGUGUUGAUCCCCGUGUCCAAGAGUUCCGUCGUGUUUGAGAAAGUUCUGGCUCCUCUUCAGGAGUCGUUUCUUUAUGGAGCGUCCAAGGAGGCCUUCAGAUACCCCUCUGCCUUUCUGUUCAAUAACUCCAUACUGCAGGAAAAGUACAAAGCGUUUCGGGCCAACCGACGAGAGGCUGGCUACUCUGAGGAGGAGUUGAGAGAAGGAUACGGAUUCUUGUUAUUUGAUGACAUAGACAAGGCGGCCAAACUGGGGGAAACUGGUGUGCUCACUGGGAACAGCACAUGCAAAACACUUGGAGAUCCUUCGAAGGGAGUUUAUAUAGCAAGGUACUCCGACUGCCUGGCUCCUGAUCACUGGUAUAGUGGGAAAUCUGGUUUUAUCGUUAUCAUAAAGCUGACAAAGGGAAGAAGCAACAAGGUUAAAGAGAACUACACUCAGAACUGUAUUUCACCGUCUGUUGGGUUUGACUGUCAUGAGUCCAUAGAGCUGCCUAUGGUAUCGGCCAACACCAGCUCGUUCCUCGCAUAUGAGAGAACACAGUACUACCUCUACGAAGCGCUGCCCAGUGAAUGUAGCAAUACAAACCCAGCUCCAAGCCACGUCUGUCCAUUUGCCAUUGUGCCAUUCUCAUAUGACGAUGCAAAUACCAAGGCAACGAUAUCAAGUUCUCAGGAACAGAGGGAGACAGAAGGAAAGGUAUUGAACGACUUUAUGUGGAGCGGCCAGCUUCAUAUCAGCUCCCAGAUCUUCCAUGUGCGGCUGAAGUCCAGGUCGGGGACCGUGGUCCCUGUAAAACUGCCUCCAGUAGUCAAAGUAGACCAAGCAGUUUCCAUGGUUACCUUGAGACAGUUUGCCCCAAAGGCUGUCUUUGAAACUCGUUUCUCUGGGGAAGUGUGCCUGGAUGGCAUCUGCUGCAGUGUUCAUGAGUUUAUUCCUGAAGAACUGGAAGACCCCUCCCUUUCCCUGCUUAUCCGAGAACUCAAGGACAAAGAUCUUGGCCUUACGGUUCACCUUAAUGAAAGUGGGUUUCUGAUACUGCUACAUUCGUCCAACUUUGCUACAUGUACAGGUAACCAGUCCCGCGUAACUGAGGCCCUGCAAGCCAUGUUUCUGUUUCCAGGAUCAAGAACCAUACAGAGGGACACCAGAGGAGAAUUGGAACAUUUCCAGAUUUCCUCUGACAUUCUUCAGAUUCUACCGGCAUUGGACUACGCAGAAACUGAAAUGCAGAAAAUCCCCAUAGGCCCAAGUGGGGACAUACGUGGACAAUUUGAGCAACAAAUUAAAAACUAUGCAGCACUAGUACAAACUGGCCUUGCAGAAAACUCGUCGAAGGACAUCAGCCCGCUUUCACAGGAUUAUGAUGAGUCUGUCACUUCCCUUUUCUCCAACCCAAAAUGGACUAACCGGUUAUGGCAAUGGCUAAGGUCCUAUCUCAGCCACCCACACUCUUUUCAGCUUCCUGUGUACAGUGUGACCGAACUUAUGGCCGCUGGAAACAAACUUCAAAAACAGGUCUUCAAUGAAGAUCUUCCAUCUGUAGAACAAGCUCCAGGGACCAUUUGUAGUGUUGUUCCAGAGGAGCUGUUGACAAGAUCCACAGCAUUUGAUGUUUCAAGCAGCUGGCAGAGGGUUCUUGACAAGAAAGACUCUGAGACUAAUAGCGUUUUGAAUGAUCCGUUAUUACGUAACCCCACAGCGGAGUUGGUUGUCAGCAUUACCUCUGCAGAGGGGACCUCAAAAGUCGUGGACGAAGGUCUUCGUGGGAGCGACGCAGUGGUGGCAUCCAAGCAACUUUCCAAUACACCAAUGGCCACAACAAAUUCAGUUGAUAAGAACCCAUUGGAGAAUACAACUCCAGGGGUGACCCAGCGGAAACCUUUGGGAAGACCCAGGGGUCGCCCUAAAGGUAAAAGAAAACGUUUCCAAGGGUCUAGUCCACCAGCAGAUGAACCUCUGAACUCUACAGCUGAGAGUCCGGAUGAGAAGACAAACCUGGCACAAAGCAGAUUGGACAAUGAUUCUCCAGAAACAGAGUGGACUAUAUUAUCAACGUCUCAGUGCAAGGCUGGAAAACUGACCUACAAAUACAAGAAGGUCCCAAGGUCUUUGCAGCUGCAAGAGGAUGAAAAACAGCAAACAAAACCGAGGAGAUCGACAAGAUCAACAAGAUAUGAUCCCUGUUCUCUUUUAAGGAAAACGGAUCGUUGGGACUUGAGGCCGAUCCUCACUGCAUGUGGAAGAACUCUUGUCCCACAUGGCUCCCUGAAUAGCUUGCUUCAGAAGAAUGAGUGUGAGUCCACAGAUCUCGAACAGCACUUUAAGGAGACGGGGAGCGAAACCUCUGAGGAAGCUAGUCAACUGGAAAAAACGGACCCUGUCGCUGGAGGAUUGGCCGCGAACAUUGUAAACUCAGUAGACACGUGUCCCAAUACAGAGUUGGGCUCUCCUCGGUGUGAGACCUCCAGUUCUCAAGCGGAAUCGAGAGUCCAGCCCAUGGUACUCAUUGCAGAAGCUGAUAGCACUGGCGGCGUGCAAUCCAGUGCAGCUGAUGAUUCCUUACCUCUGCAGUACAGGAACAACAGUGAACGCUUGCUCUUCAAGUUGAAGAAAUUAUUUUCGAGGAAAAAAAACACACAACUGGUUUUGGACGAUUCAGUAUUGCCAGUCGACGCAACGCUAAGCACUGAACCGUCACUCAAGAAAAGCAAAUCUGAUAUGGACGGAGAGCCGUUGAGCACUGAGUCAAAUACAGAGUGCCAGGAUUCCAGAGGAAGAAACAAGGACGUUUUGAUAGCUUUUGCACAGGCAUUAGGCCUAACGCCUAUAGUGCCAGGGUUAGUGCCAGGUAGGAUGGAGGAAAUCCGACCCAUGGUUUCCUUGCAGCCGGGGGUCCCCUUCAGCCCCGAGGCCCAACUCGUACCUCUAGAGGUUGAAUCGGCUCAGGUCCUACACGGGGGCCCAUUACCAAUCCAAGAAAAGCCUAAGGUGGAACGACCGCUGAAAAAAAGGAGAAGAAAAUGGGGGAAGGAUUUAACUACACCCUCUUCUUCCGACGCUGAAACGCCCGAAAACGAAGAGUCUACAAAGAGCAACUCGGUUGAGACGAAUCUCAAGGAACUGUUGAGUGCCAAUGGCCAAUCCAACGCUCUAAGUUUACUUGCUGAUUUGGCACUGGGCGAUGGCAAUAACCAGGCACAGCCACAACUCGACCCUUUGUCCAUGAAAAAGCCAGACCCAAGGUCAGAUGUAGAUAAUUGUCUUAAUGAUGGCACCAAACCAGAUAACCGGUCGGUUCUUCCUUCAACGCUACAGCAUCCUGCUGAUAGUCCUUUACUUCCUCCGAAUUGUCCCUCACCAGAGGGUAUUUUGGGGAGCAAGGAUGUUAUUGGUUUGAUAGCUCAAGAACAUGAUUACUCGUGGUCCUCUGCCUCGCAGAUGCCUAAUACAAGUUCUCCAGCUGGAAUACCAGAGCAUUCCCAGAAAGGGCCUCUAGAAGGCUCAAGUGAACACAGAGCUGCUGUGGGACACAUGACCAGGGAUGCAAUUGGAAGUAGACGUUUCAGGCGUUCCCGCACCUUUGUUGAAAGGAAGGGAGUUCUCCAAGUCACUAGGAAGUGGAAAGGAAGUUAUGACUUUGAUCUGGACAGCAAGUUUACGAAUCACCCUGUGGAGAAAACGGUUUGCAGGGGCUUGCAUGGAGCCUGGAAUUCUGCUGGAAAGGACGGUGGUGAAGAAGCUCAACUCCUUAUCCACAUGUGGAUAGGCCUCUUCUACAGCCGCUCGACGCCAAGGUUCAUCCAUUCAAGUCCUCUAGACUUGGUGGAUUGCCCGGAGAAGUCUGAUGGAAUUGUGUCUGCGCCAACCGUACCCGAGACGGCCCCUGUUGUAAUUGGACAUUUAGACGUACAAGAUUUGGAGCCCAUUCAAGAAGAUCAACACUUCCUUAACCAAGGAGAAGAGAUCUUAGACCUGUCAAUUAAAAAGCAAGAUGUCAAUGACGGCAGUGACGUCUCUGUCUCUCAUCACGAGAUGAAGGGCAAGGAGGCCUCUGAAGCGAUUACCAGAGAUGCUGGAAGACCAGAUGAAGGCCCAGCUCAAUGUCAAGCCAUACAUAGGGCCUUGGAGGUUCAACCUUUUUAUAGGCCAUCCAAAUUACCAUGGGCACCAAACCUAUCUAAUGACAAAGUGCAACCAAUGGCUGCUAAAAAUGUUGAUGUUGCGCGUGUUGAUCAGGUUUACAAGUGUCUGGGAAAUGAGCUUGAAAACAAUGAUAUCAACGAUGUUAACAUUAUCAAAAGCACCAGUAAGAGGUCGGACACAAGUAAGCAAAGUGCCACAAACUUGGAACAUUCUGCUGUAAACUCUCUCAGUGAGGAUAAAACGUGUGACUCCUCAGGCAAAGUUAUAGCAAACAUAAUUAUUCAGCCACAGCUUAUUGUAGAGGCUCAGGCAAGCAUAGAUCCAGUAACUUCUGAAAUGGAAGAAAGAAAGGAAAAUCUAGAAAAUGCAGAAGUGGCUGGUGAUCCACCAAUAGAAAUGGACUCUGCAUGUGACUUCAUGAAGGGCAUAGCUGAGGAUGGUAUUAAAGAAAAUGACCGGGCUGUUUCAAAAGGUGAAGAUCAUCUAAACAAUGCAGACUACAGUUUACCAUUGAUGGAUUAUGAAGAUCCUACAAAUGGGCAUAAAUCACCAGUGCCUUAUGUAAGUUUACCAGACGAUGAGACACAGUCCGCAGUUAGAUCCAUCCCACUCCCACUUGGCUCUAAUGAAAACUGGAACGAGAACGAAGACGGUCAAUCAGCAAGGGAUCAAGUUCACUUUGCAAAGGAAGACAAUCAUUUGGAACCAAUAUCAGUCAGUGAUCGCAAGGAUGAUCCAGGGGGUUCCGAUGUGAGCGUAGUUAGUUGUGAUCCACAAAAACAGGAUGAUAAAUUAGUAGGAAAGGAAGUUGAAACUGCUUCCAUUUUAGCUCAAAAUGCAGCUUCUCAUCAGCGUGCCCAUUCCCCACUAAAUGGGGUUUCAAAAUUGGUCCUAGAUCCAAGUGAAAUGCCCUUAGUUGGUAAAGACGAUUCAAAACAAGAAGUGGAAGCUGGCCCACAGGUCCUACCUUCAGAAGACAGUCCUGUGGAAUUAGCUGAUGAACCCAAAGAAAUGCCGUUGAGCAUAUAUAUGUACCGUAAACUGCUAGAAAAUGGGGAGAAAGUCCCAAUAGAGGAAAAUGUACAUUCAGUUUCUGAAUGUCUCCUUGAUUCUACACAUAAAUUGGGCUCAGAGGACCGUGAAUUGGACAAGAGAUGCCCCCCACCAACUAAGGUAGAUGGUCCAGGUUAUUUCACACUAUCCCUUGUUGGAGAACCCUAUGAGGGGGAUGGAACAAAAGAGAUAUCCAGUGAUGAGAUGUUAUGGAUGCAAUAUGCAAAUACAGACUCCUUCAUGGCUGAUGGCGGCAGUGGUGAUUAUGAUGAUGGGGAUGAUGCCAUUUCAGAAGGAAACUUUAACCUUACUUUGGAUGAGUCGAUACCUGAGGAGCAUGAUGAUGACUCCAUGGAUGACGUGGACAGUGAAAUUGAGAGUCAACAGAGCAACUCUGAUAACCAUUCUACUCCGUUACAGGAGGGUAUUGAAGGCAAGAGCCAAGCUAAAGUAGAGACAGAUAUGAGUGCAGUUAGUUGCACUCAUUCAUAUGAUGACUUGGUUGAAAAUGAAGUAGAAUCUGCCUAUAUUUUAGCUAAAAAAGCAGCUUCUCAUCACCCAUCUCAUUCCCUCCAAGAUGGAGUUUCAAAAUUGCUCCAGGAUUCAAAUGAAAGGCCCUUAGAUGGUAAAGACGAUUCAAAACAAGCAGUUGAAGCUGGCCCAAGGGUCCUACCUUUACAAGAUAGUCCUGUGGAAUUAGUUCAUAAACCCAAAGAAAUGCCAAUGAGCAUAGAUGUGUUCCAUAUGCUGCUUGAAAACGGGGAAAAAGUCCAACCAGCGCAAAAUAUACUUUCAGUUUUUCAGGACAGGGAUUCUAAACAUGAAUUAAGCACAGAGGACGGUAAACUGGAAGAGAGAUGCCUGACACCCACCAAGUGGGAUGGUCCAGUGGUUUACUGCCAAGCAACACUUGUUCAACAAUCCUGUGAAAGUGAUGGUAAAAAGGAUGCAGCCAGCGAUGACAUGCUACAGAUGCAAUGUGAAAAUUCGAAAAUCUUAAUGGCUGGUGGUGGAAGUGGUGAUGUUAAAGACGACGAUCAAGAUGAUGCCAGUGGAUAUGAUACCAUUUCAGAAGAAAAUCUGAGCCUUGAAUUGGAUAAAACAUUACCUGACAAGCAUGAUAACAAUGACUCCAAGGAUGAAACAAACGUUAAAAUUGUGAUUCCACAGGACAUGUCUAUUAACGAUUCUACACCUAUAAAGAAUGGUUUUGGAGUUGAGCGCCAAGCUAAAGUGGAGCCAGAUGUGAGUGUAGUUAUUUGUAAUCAUCAAGAACCGGAUGAUGAAUUGGUAGGAAAGGAAGUUGAAGCUGCUUCCAUUUUAGCUCAAAAAGCAGCUUCUCGACAACCAUCCAAUUCCCCUCAAGAUGGAGUUUCAAAAUUGCUCCAGGAUUCAAGUGAAAUGCCGUUAAUUGGUAAACACGUUUCAAAACGAGAAGUGGACACUGGCCCACAGGUCCUACCUUUGCAAGACAGUCCUGUGGAAUUAGCUCAUGAACCCAAAGAAAUGGCAUUGAACAUAGAUGUGUACCGUACGCCGCUAGAAAACGGGGACAAAGUCCAAAUAGCGAACAAUCUAAUUUCAGUUUUUGAGGACAGAGAUUCUACACAUAAAUCGGGCUCAGAGGAUAGUGAAGAGGACGAGCGAUGCCUCCCACCAAAUAUGGGGGAUGGUCCAGUGGGUUAUUUCACACUAUCCAUUGUUGGAGAACCAUAUGAGGGGAUUGGAACAAAAGAUGCAGAAACUGCUUUCAUUUCAGCUCAAAAAGCUGCUUCUCCUCAGCCAUCCCAUUACCCCCAGUAUGGGGUAGAUUCAAAACAAGAAGUGGAAGCUGGCCCACAGGUCCUACAUUUGGAAACGGCGAUUGAACCUAAUGAAAUGGGAAUGAACACAAAUGUGUUUCAUAUGUUGCUAGAUAACAGUGAAAAGGUCCAGAAAGAUGAAAAUGUACCAUCCGCUUUUAAGGAAUGUAAUUAUGAGAACAAAUUGGGCUCAGAGACGAGUGAAUUUGACGAGAGAUGCCCUACACCAACCGUAGAUGAAGACCCAUACGAGGAGUUUCCUUCUCGGAUUUCUAACAAAGUCUGCAAAAUCGUACCCGAGGAAGAAUGCGGAAAAAGCUCUGCACUUUCACAUUUGUCGGGAAAAGAAGUGGAUGCUGGGCCUGUAUUGAAAGCGGGUCGAGAUCAAAACCCUGGAAGAGAUCUCCUUGAAGACAACCAGACUCCGAGUUACAGACUGCUUGAAACCAUUGAACUCCCUCCCUCUCUACAUCAAGGCCCAGCUCUCUGUAGCGAAUCAAUGAAUAUGGACAAUCUAAAUGAUGGAACAAGACUUGUUAAUGUAGGUAUAACACCUGCCAAAAAAUCGCUUGUAAAAAGGAAAAGGAGCAGGUUUUCUGAUAUUGUUCCUUGUCCCCCGAAGAAAAUGAACAUCAUUCAGGAGAUUUGUGAAGCUCCAGUACGAGUCCUGACUGGACUUGAAAGGACUGAGGUUCGACCUGCACACAUCUACAGAGUAAAAUACAUGGAUAACCAAUCUCUUUCCAAAACUUCUGAUGAUAAUCAGUCUCUAAUCCCUGUCCUACCCACCCCACUGAUUGACAAACUAUCGGACAACCGAAAAGACAUUUCAAAUCACACAUCUAAGGGCGACCAACAUGAGAACGAGCAAGAGAUUUGCUCAAGGGCUGAUAGGGUUUCAGUACUUGGUGUUGGUGAAUGUGUCCCGAAACAGACUAAUGAUAUUGAUGCCUUUCAUCAUGUGGAAGAACGGGGCCAUUUGAAACCAAGCAGAACUGUCCCAUCCAGUGUUUCCAUGCAGUCCGGUGAAGGUGAAAAUCUCAGUUCCUCCAGCUGCCAAGAUCCAUUCCAAGACUGUCCAGUUGAGAAAGGACUUGGUCCAUCAUCCUUCAAUUACACAGAUCCCUCAUCAAGCUCCUUCAAAUAUACUAAUUAUAGGUUUACAAAGACUGUGUCAAACUCUUUUGGGAAUAUCACUGAAAAAUGCAUGAAUUCUGACCUCACGCAAUUUUCAAUAGAACAGGACUUUCUGAUCUUCUCAGAGGAAAUGAAAAAGCUUCUUUAUGGCAAUAAGAGAGGACCGGGCAAGAAUCCAAACCACAGGUCCAUGAAUUCUCACCCUAGUUCUGACCGAUCGCCAUCCAUCAUUGACCGGUCCAUGGACGAGGACAUGCCAGAGAGUGGUCUGGAGGAACCCAUGGGAAAAAAGAGAAAAAAUCCCUCUUCUAGAAGAGGCAGCACAGAGGCUAACGGUGCGCUGUGCGACAUUGAGGCAGUCAGCGCCAGGUCGUACCGCACCAUGAUGGACAAUGUCUGUGCAGGGAAGAGUUACCUGACAGAAACGGACGGAGCAUUGAGAGAGUGUUCCGGCCCGAUCAAGAAAAUGAGAAGCGAGAUGUUUGGCGGCAUGAACCAAGGUCUGAAUAUGGUUGUGAGGAAGUCUUCUAAUAUGAAGUUCAAGUUCUUCAUAUUGACGACGUCAGAGGAUGCCUUCUUUAAGGACACCAAGGCACAAUUGGAAGGUGCUGGCCAUACUGAGGAACAACCAUACCACUUCCUCCUGAGUAAGCAAAGUUCCUCCUCAUCGUUGCUCCUCAUCAUUCUAAAGAACGAAGACAUCGCAGAGCACAUAAUUAAGGUCCCCCAUCUGCUGCAACUGAAGAAAUCCGCAAAUGUGCUGUUUGCUGGGAUCGACCAUCCAAAGGACAUUGGAAACCUGACCCAUCAAGACAUCUUCAAGAAGGGAGGGUUCAUCAUGUUGGAAGGAGCCUCACUGGAUUGCCUCAGCUUUGGCCAAAUGAAGGCAUUGUUGGACUUUUUGCAAGAGCUGAGCAGAAACGGGAAGUGGAAAUGGAUACUGCAUUACAGAGACAUUCGCAGGCUAAAAGAGAAUUCAAGGUUCAAUGCAGAGAUGAUGGAUAAGAAGAACCUGAUGAAGAGCAGCCAGGAAACUGGAAUAGUGGAGGUGCUGCCAUACCACGAGUGUGACCAGACCUGCAGACCCCACCCCCGCUAUCUCAAGUGUCUGAUGCAGCUUCAGGUCCAGAACAUCACCGCCCGGUACCCCGUGUUUGUAACCGAUAUAACUAAUCCAACGGAGGACAGAUCCUUUGAAAGACAUGGAAUUUUAACCAUGAAUAUUAACACUCUGCUGAAUGUAAUUGAACGUGAAAACUUUUCUCCAAGUACCAGUAUUUAAGACUCAGAGUGGUGGCUAUGUCAACAAGGUACAUGUAAAGGAAUUUUCGUAGACUGACGUGUUUAAAUUAUGUACAUAAACUUCAAUACCUCACUGUUACUAAUUCUACCUACUAUCAUCCUAGAUAUAGGGUUAUAUGUAGGGUUAGGGUUCCAGUUAAUACAUCAACUAGCACCCUACUGCUAGAACUACAGCUUCUAGGAGGAGGUAUAUUUUUUCAUUUUUGUAUGAUUAAAGUUUUACGACGAACAAAUCAAAUGUAUAAAAUAAAAUGGCUGCGUUUCGAUUUUAUAUCUUCAACUGAAUCCUCAACGAAGCUACUUUAGUGAUGUCAUUGGUUCAGGUUCUCAGAGCUGUUAGCUGCUUCAGGUGGGUUUGAGGUACAAAGAAUAAACCUGGCCAUAGCAUAGGCCACUAGGUUGAGUUAUGUAUUAAAGAAGCUCAUUCUUCUAGCAAGAAAGAAGACCACAGCGGCCUGGUGUACGAGGGACAUGCUGCUUUAUUCUGUUCCAGAAUUGUAACCAAACGCUACUAAGCCAAAGACGCCAGUUAUAUUGGGUCACGUCACACAGCGCUGCCUACCACUAGCUCCAGCCUGGGUUUGUGUCUGGUAUCAGCAGGUAGGA